GAGUGAAGCUGGUGGAAGAGCCACGGCUUCCGCCUGGAAGUCCAGUGUUGAGUAUUCGUUUGUAUUUAGCGUCUGGGAAUCCCUUUAUGGUGUGGAAGUUCAGUUGAAAGAAUAUGGCGCGUCUGCGGAAGAGUUUGCAGUGGACAGCGGAGCGUCUGUUCCCACUUUUGGCCUGCCUCUGUCUUGUUUUCUCGGUGGGAGACGCCAGUCUGCAUCGGGCACGAAGCGACCCGGAGGAGCUCCCGGAGGAGACCUACAGCAAAUAUUACGACUAUGUCGAACUCACCGGCCUGCUGCGGGCGCUUGCGCACAGAUACGGCCACAUAGCUAACUUGUCCAGCAUAGGUCAGUCAGUGCAGGGCAGGGAGCUGUGGGUGAUGCGCAUCACGAAGGACCCCGAUGUGGACACACCGGGGAAGCCGCGCUUCAAGUACGUGGGCAACAUGCACGGCGACGAGACCGUGUCGAGGCAGGUGCUGGUCUACCUUGUGGAGUACCUGCUGGAGAACUACGGUGAGAAUCCACGCGUGACCGAGCUGGUGAACACCACAGACAUUUACAUCAUGCCCAGCAUGAACCCGGACGGGUUCGAGAAGUCGAAAGAAGGGGACUGCAGUGGCGAGCACGGGGGUCGCAAUAACGCCGAAAACAAAGACCUCAACAGAAGCUUUCCCGACCAGUUCGACGACAGAGCAGUGGAUACUGCCAAAGUUCCAGAAGUCGUGGCUAUGAUAAGGUGGAUCCAGCAGAAAAAAUUUGUUCUGUCGGGGAACCUUCAUGGUGGCACUGUGGUUGCCAGUUACCCUUUUGAUGACUCGAAGGCUCAUGAGCGUCAGGGCCACUACAGUCAGUCAGCAGAUGACAGUCUGUUCCGGUACUUGGCCCUUGUGUAUGCCAAAAAUCACCCUGUGAUGAAAACUGGCCAGCCAAACUGCCCUGAUCUGCAGGAUGAAACCUUCAAGGAUGGCAUCACCAAUGGAGCAAAUUGGUAUGACGUGGCCGGAGGGAUGCAGGACUACAACUACCUCCAUGGAAACUGUCUGGAAGUCACCAUGGAGCUCAGCUGCUGCAAAUAUCCUUAUGCCACUAAACUCCACCAGGAGUGGGAGCUCAACAGAGAGUCUCUGCUGGCCUACAUGGAAAAGAUCCACAUUGGAGUCCGUGGUUAUGUGAAAGAGGCCGUUCAUGGUUCUGCCCUCACUGAUGUCAAUAUUUUGGUGGAGGGAAUUCGUCACAAUCUCACCACCGGACAGUUUGGGGACUACUACAGGCUUCUCCUCCCGGGGACGUACAACAUCACAGCUGUGGCACCAGGCUUCGCCUCCAUGACCGUGAACAACGUCCAGGUUGGCAAUGGCAUGGCCACAGAACUGAAUUUCACUUUGGCGCCUUUGCUCAGCGAGUCUGUCGCCAGCACCACUCUCCCCACUUCCACCAGGGUGAUAACCAGUAACACCAAAGUCUCUACCAAUUCUUCCAACUCCGCCGACACCACUGAGACACAGGAGGAAAAAAUAAAAACUAAAGUUCCGUUUCCACCUGAAGAGCUGCCCAUUCAGCCACAGGAAUUCCGGCACCACAGCUAUGCUGACAUGGAAAUCUUCCUACGCAAAUUCAGCAGCGAGUUUCCAACGAUUGCCCAUCUGUACUCAGUUGGACGCUCGGUGGAGGACCGGGAGCUGUAUGUGAUGGUCAUCUCGGACAACCCAAAAGUUCAUGAGCAUGGUGAACCAGAGUUCAAGUAUGUUGGUAACAUGCACGGCAAUGAGGUGGUGGGCCGGGAGUUGCUGCUAAAUCUCAUCGAGUACCUGUGCACUAACUAUGGCACCAACACGGAGGUCACUCAGCUGGUCAACAACACUCGGAUUCACAUUAUGCCCUCCAUGAAUCCGGACGGGUAUGAGGUGGCUACUGAAGGUGACGUUAAAGGAGUCAAAGGACGCAACAACAGCAACGAUUUUGACCUGAACCGCAACUUUCCUGAUCAGUUUGCUGUCAUCAGUGACCCAAGACAACCAGAGACGAUUGCUGUCAUGAACUGGCUCAAGAGCAUCCCCUUUGUGCUCUCUGCUAACCUUCACGGAGGUUCCUUGGUGGUUAACUAUCCCUACGAUGACGACAAGGAAGGAGUAACCCAGUAUAGUACGUGUCCGGACGACAAGGUGUUUCAACACCUGGCCCGAGCUUAUUCACAGGAAAACUAUCUGAUGCACAAUGGCCACCCUUGUGAGGACCUGUACCCUGGAGAAUAUUUCGCCGAUGGCAUCACCAAUGGGGCAAACUGGUACAAUGUUCCAGGUGGAAUGCAAGACUGGAACUACUUGAACACAAACUGUUUUGAGGUGACCAUUGAGUUAGGUUGUGUGAAGUACCCCAUGGCCAAGGAGCUGCCAAAAUACUGGGAACAGAACAGGCGCUCCUUGCUGCAGUUUAUCCAUCAGGUUCACAGUGGGGUCAAGGGUACUGUUUCUGACAGUGGAGAUGGUACCGGGAUCCCCAAUGCGACCAUUAGUGUUGCUGAUAUAGACCACAAUGUCACCACAGCUCUCACUGGAGACUACUGGAGGCUGCUGGUUCCUGGGACGUAUUCUGUCACUGCCUCCGCCCACGGAUACAUCCCCAUGAGGACUUACGCCACCGUGUUGCCGAAUGGAGUAGAGGUGGUGGACUUCAGGCUGACUCGGGUUCACUCGGACUUCAACGGCAAGGCUCCCUCAGGACCUCAGUUUGAAGAAAACCCGUCAGAAAUAGAGCUCCAGACUUUAAUAAAGGAGCUGUCCCUGGGCACUGGCUUGGAUGAGCUGGUCAGGAGCACAGCCACCGAGAAUAGUUUUAGGUUCAGACGCUAUAAAGAGAUGUCCUCCUUCCUGAGAGGUCUAACCCUCAAUUUCCCCAAAAUUGUGUUCCUGCACAGUCUGGGCCAAAGUGUGGACUUUCGAACUAUCUGGGCACUGGAAAUCUCCAACAAACCAGGCGAGCCUGAACCGUCGGAACCCAAGAUCCGGUUUGUGGCAGGGAUUCAUGGAAAUUCUCCAGUGGGCACAGAGCUGCUGUUGGAGUUUGCUGCCUUCCUUUGCAUCAACUAUGGCAAGAACCCCAUCAUUACACGGUUGAUCAAUGAGACACGGAUCAUCAUCGUGCCAUCCAUCAACCCAGACGGAAGAGAACAAGCCAGUGAGAGACAGUGCUCAUCCACCCAGGGAAUGGCAAACGCGCAUGGCAAAGAUCUGGACACAGACUUCUUUGGCAAUGCAUCACAGCGUGUCGUGGAGGCGCAGCCUGAGACGAGAGCGAUGAUGAACCUGAUCCUUGAUAAGACCUUCACACUGUCUGUUGCUCUGGACGGGGGCUCUCUUGUUGCAACAUACCCGUAUGACAAGCCAGUCCAGUCUGUUGAAAACGAGGGGACGUUGAAGUACCUGGCCAGUGUUUAUGCCAACAACCACCCCAAGAUGCACCUCGGUGACACUAGCUGUUCCAACAAUGGACAAUCUGGCAACAUCCCAGGUGGAGUCAUGAGGGCAGCAGAAAGACAGAGUCACAUGGGGAGCAUGAAGGACUUCAGCAUGGACUUUGGUCACUGUCCAGAAAUCACCGUUUACACUGGCUGUUGCCGCUUUCCACCCGCGGAGCAACUCACUACGCUCUGGGCUGAAAACAAGAAGCCUCUGUUGAGCAUGUUGGUGGAGGUCCAUAAAGGAGUGAGAGGAGUGGUGAGAGACAAGAGUGGGAAACCCAUUGUUGGUGCCAUCAUUGUUCUGAAUGGAGGCGUUCGAGUCUUCACCACAGAAGGGGGAUACUUCCACGCACUGCUUGCUCCUGGCAACCACAACAUUGAGGCUGUGGCUGACGGCUACCAGCAGCAACGGCAGGAGGUGGUGGUGUUGUCCGAUGAAGCCGCCCGCUCCGUUAUCAUUGAGUUUGACAUGGACAACAGUAUAUUUGGGCUGCCCAGGGAGUUUGUGGUGGCGAGUGCUGCGGCCUCCAUGACGGCACUAGUUGUGACUGCGUGCAUCAUCUGGUGCGUCUGCAGUGCCAAGUCCAACCAUCAGAAAGACGGGUUUCACCGCCUGAGGCAGCACCGCGACGACUAUGACGACGAGAUCCGUCUCACUUCCAUGGGCUCGAAGAAGUCGCUACUUGCCAACGAGUUUCAGGAUGAGAGUGAAAGCGAAGAAGAGACUUUAUAUGCCAACAAAUUGUGAUUUCCGUUGGCUCAGGAUUUAAUUUAUUGUUUUCUUGAUUCCAAUCUCACCCCCGACCAUCAGGAAAAGACGUGUGUAUAAAGCAUUUACUCUAGCAGCUGGACUUGCCGGCACAGAAGACUGGCUCUUUCUGCGGAGACUGAAAGAAUGUUUGGCCUACUGUGCUCCUCAUCCGUCCCACGCCCCUGAACGCUAGUGUGACUCCUGUUCACUCUUGCUGUGAAGGUGACUCGACGAACAAACUGCUGUUCAGUGGAUGUGCUCGACUCCACAUUCAAGUGCUUAGUGUUACACAUCUGCCCCUCCACCCAUGUCCUCACCGUGCACUUUGUCCAACAGUGCUUCUAGGUUUACUGUCGUAAACGGCAUGUCUACAUCGGACUAUCACAGCUGUCGAAAGACUGAAAUGAAUCCAGUGCCUUUCUGUGUCGUGACACAUUUGACGUAACAGAUUCGAUUGUGGCUCCACAGCCUUCUGCACUCUCUUGAAUGAUGGGUAUAAACACCUUUUCUCCUAGUUCAGCCUGACCUCUCCUGGUACAGAGUCAGACCUUUCAAGAUGUCUUUUGCUAAAGCAAGGAGAGCGCGGCCAUACGUUUACUGCAUCAUGUUUUUCUCUCUCUGGAGUAUGGAUUACGCGUUUUCCUCUUUUGGUUUUUGCUCAAACUGUGAUGGAAAAAAGUAUUUUUUCGGAAAUAAGAUGGAAAUUUUAUUUGAUCUAAUCAUUUGAUGCAUUGUCUUUGGACAUUUAGAAGUCUUUUCAGUUGCAUUGUCCAGUUAUGCAGCUGUCUUUACUGCUAGUGGAAGUAACAACUGCUCUGAGGAUUGUGCUAAAUAAUAUUGCCUUUAGAAACAAUUUAUUAAAUGACCGUGUCAUUUACAGAAUUCCAAAAUGGUUGAUACUAUUGGUGUGGAUUAGAAUUUUCCACCAUUGGAGUUUGGGCACUGUAUGUUUUUGUGUUUAGGUUUCCCUUCCUUAAAUAGUACUCCAUCACAAGGUCACCGCGCACAGGCAUUACUUUUUUGUUGAUGAGUUUUGUACAUAUCUGGUUCGGAACUUAUCCUUUUCUUAUCCUGUGUAAACUGUUUGACUUCUGGAAGUGAGCACUUGUAAAAUAAUGAUCUGGGUGUAUGUUUUAUAUGGACUGGAAUCUACUGUAAAUUUUGUUUUGUGAAAUGGACAAAAGUGCAAUUGGUGAUGUUUCCACAGUCAUUGAAGGUUUCGGAACAGCCUCCACGUGACCAUGAAGUACACAAAACAUAAUAAAGUGAAUCUCA